AUGCCCGUUUUAAAACCUCUGUCGGGCGAUGGCGAAGCCCCCAAGCAAUUCAAGCAACCGUCGAGAAAGGGCAAGAAGGCAUGGAGGAAGAAUGUCGACGUUACAGAGGUCGAGCAGGGUCUCGAUGAGUUGAACGCCCAGAUCAUCAAGGGUGGUGUCAUUGCCGAAAAGAAGUCCGAUGAACUCUUCGCCAUCGACGUCAAGCCCGAUACCGAAAUCACAAAGAAGCUCCCCAAGCAGUUCAAGAAGCCCUUGAAGGCCGACGAGAUCCUCGCCCAGCGCUCUGCCGUCCCCGCCGUCUCUCUCAAGAAGCGCCCGGCUUCGGAAACCUCCGGCAAGGUCACCGACGGCGUCUUACCCUCCAAGCGUCUCCGUGCCACCUACGUCACCCAGAAGGAACUCACCCGCCUGAAGCGCGUCGCCGACGGCCACCACACCACUACCGUCGAGGUCGUCGACGCCACUUUCGACGCCUGGGCCGACCCGGAGGAAGCCAAGAAGAAGGAGGUCGAGGAGACGGUGUACAACUUCCUGCCCAAGGUCGAGAAGACCAAGGCCCCCAAGACGCUCACACAACAACCCAUCUCCCUCGCCGCCACCGGCAAGCAGCUCCCUGCCGUGCCCAAGCCCAAGGGCGACAAGUCCUACAACCCCGCUUUCACCGACUACUCGGAGCGCUACCAGGAGGAGCUGCGCAAGGCCGAGGAGGCCGAGAAGAAGCGUCUGGAGGAACUCGAGAAGGAGCGUCUCAAGGCCGAAGCCGCCGCCAGGUCGCGCGCCGAAGCCGAGGCCGCCGAGAAGAGAGCCGAGCUGUCCGAGUGGGAGGAUGAUUCCGCCUGGGAAGGCGCCGAGAGCGACGCGGAGGGUUUGUCGUCCAAGAAGAAGCGGCCGGAGCGCAAGACGCAAGCGCAGCGCAACAAGAUCAAGCGCCGCAAGGCCGAGGAGCAGCGUCUGAAGCACGAGGCGGCCAUCAAGAAGAAGGAGGCCGAGGCCGCGCGGGUGAAGCAGAUCGCCAAGGAACUCGCCGAGAAGGAGAGGCAGCUUGCGCUCCAAAAAGCCGAAAAUGGCGAAGAGGACGACGGCAGUCUCGAGGACGAUGACGACGUCGAGCUCCGUCGCAGGCAACUAGGCAAGUUCAAGUUGCCGGAGAAGGACCUCGAGCUGGUCCUGCCGGACGAGCUGCAGGAUUCGCUGAGGCUGCUCAAGCCCGAGGGUAACCUGCUCAAAGACAGGUACAGGAAUUUGCUGCUUAGAGGCAAGGUGGAGGCGAGGAGACACAACCCGUACAAGAAGCAGGCCAAGAAACAGAUUACGGAGAAGUGGACUUUCAAGGAUUUUACUUUGCAGUAA